UUGGGGCGCAACUCUUUCUAAAAUCUUCUAUCUUCUUAUCUACUUUUAUUUGUAUUGUCAAAUCAAAACAUCUCAAUACGAUUUCUUCUUACAUCAACACCGACGUGGUUAAAAUUUGCCAGCGCAUAAUCACUGCUAGACUUAUAUUUUUGUUCAGAAAGUCCAAAACUCUUAUCUCUGGAGAUUCUCCAGUCACUAGUACGUCAUGGUCAUCUUAAUUGCAGAUCAGAGGUAGCAGUUGUCCUAUAUAUACCAUUUUCUGACAAUUUCUUUGAAUUUUCAGUUACCUGUUUUGCGUUUUUGUUUGUGUCUUCACAUAGGUAUAGGUACCACAUUAUCUAGUACGUACGUACAAGUGGUUCUAUUUGGAGUCGUAAUUUCUAAAUAAAUAUUUCUUUGAAAGGCGGGGUCAUCAUCUCCAUUGCUAAUUAGUCCAUCCGAGGAACUUUUUAUGUAAUGUAAAGGCAUAAAGAGGUGUUUCAAUUCUUGGGCGGAAGAGGCAGUUUGUGUUUGAUUGGUUAUACUGCUCGAUCUCUCUCAAAGAUUGGUUGUUUUGCCCCCUGCCUGCCCACUUAUUUGUGAAAAAUAUUUAUGCCUUCACAAACUAAAUGUGGAAACCGCAGUAGUCUUGGCCAUACCCAAUUCUGUAAAAAUUUCAGCCUCCUCCUCCUCCAUCUCCAUGAGUAGAAUUAGCCCAAUUCUGUUGUUGGUGAUAGUAAUUCUAGCUGUUAUCUUCUUUCUGUUUGGUCUGUUUCAUCUUCUGGUUAGAUAUUUGAUGAAAAGGCCUUCUUUUUCAUCUGUUUCUCAGUCCAAUAGAUUCCCAGAAACAACUUCUGGCUCCCAAGCUCUGCAGCGGCAGUUACAACAGCUCUUUCGCUUGCACGAUUCCGGGUUGGACCAAGCCAUCAUAGAUAACCUGCCACUGUUUUUGUACAAGGAUAUCAUGGGUUUGAAGGAGCCAUUUGAUUGUGCUGUUUGUUUGUGUGAAUUUUCAGGCGAUGACAAGCUAAGGCUGCUGCCCUUGUGCAGCCAUGCCUUUCACAUCCACUGUAUAGACACUUGGUUGCUGUCAAACUCCACAUGCCCUUUGUGCAGAGGGGUGAUUAGUAGCUCUGCUCAUCCAAAUUUGGUGUUGGCUCCUGAAGAAUGGAGGAGGAGGUGGAGUCGGCCCUCCUCGGGCAUUCAUAAUAAGACGCAAAUAAUGCAAGAAAAUAAUGGUGGUGACAUGAGGGUGUUUUCAGUGAGGCUUGGAAAAUUCAGAAACCUGAAUUUGCAGGGGCAGGGGGGUUCGGGUUCAGGCGAAAGAGGAGGUGAUGAGGAAAAGGAAAGUAGUAGUAGGUGCAACAUUGAUGCAAGGAGAUGCUUCUCCAUGGGGUCAUUUCAGUAUGUGGUUGGUGAUUCAGAUUUGCAGGUUGCUCUACCUAGUAUUAUUAGUAAUGGUGGAGCCACUAAGGUUGUGAAUGUUGAAGGUCCCAGUGGUGGCAGUAGCUCAUUAGAAGGAAAAAAGAUCAGUGCCAGAACUGAAGGGGAAAGCUUCUCAGUAUCCAAGAUUUGGCUUUGGUCCAAGAAAGAUAAUUAUAAGUUUUCUUCUCAUAAUCCCCUGGCCCUUGCCAAUCACUAAUACAACUCAAUUUGUUUGAUCAUCUAUAAUUUCACCCGGAGGAGCGUGGCAUACGUAUUUAUUUAGAGCAUUUUGUAAUGUAAUAUCUGUGUGGAUUGGCUGCACUAUAAUAUACUGUCCUCUCUCAUCUAAUUUCAAUUUUGUUAUCUUUACACUUUUACUUUUCUAAGGAAGAAUAUGUUCUGUUCUCCACUUUUA